AUGCAAACACGGUCUACGGAAACGGUUGGCAGUGAGGGUGGAAGGCCGCAAACACCAUCCGGUGUCGACCCGCCGCUUUCGACACUACACAAACGCUCGUUCACCGUUUCUCGUGGUCACACGGUCUCCGUGGUACUGAUAUCCUCAGCACUGGAGAUAAUCUUGGCUUCCAAAGAGGCAAAACGCUCUGCUCCGCUCCAUGAUUCCGCCCAGGCAGCUUUGGGCAUGAUCCGUGCUGGUCAGGGUGGUGAUAAACCACGUGAAAUUUUCGAGCCGCUUCGUCUGGCAUGCGAAACUCGGAGCGAGAAAUUGAUGAUUGCAAGCUUAGACUGCAUAUCCAAGCUGAUAUCAUAUUCUUUCUUUGCUGGGGAGUCUUCCAACUUGCCUCUCUCUUCUCCUCCACCAUCUCCUGCAUUGCAUCCCCGGAGGUCUAUCGGUGCGUCGCUGAGUAGCAAUUCUCAAAUGUCCCUGGUGGAUCUCGUAGUCCACACCAUUACGAGCUGUCAUUGCGAAACAACACCAGAAGCUGUGUCUUUGCAGGUCGUCAAGGGAUUACUCGCUUUAGUGCUAUCUCCAACCAUCUAUGUGCAUCAUUCUUCCCUCCUGAAGGCUGUUCGCACGGUCUACAAUGUCUUUCUCUUGAGCACGGAUCCAGUUAAUCAAAUGGUCGCUCAAGGUGGACUCACCCAAAUGGUGCACCACAUAUUCGCGCGUUGUGGAACCAGUAAACUCGACGACGUGGCGGAGAGGUCAAGCCUUGGACCAUCUAUUGGCUCCGACACAUCGUCUACCUCUGCGCAUGUAACCCCCAGAUCAGAAUCUCGCCGUUCUUCCCUGGUCCCUGGUCAGCCAGAACCUGGCAAUUCAUCGAAAUCUUUGCAACCUCUCUCCGAAGCCACCCAGGAGCGUGACGCUUUACGCUCGUCAGACCAGAAUGAUACUUCAUCGCAAGAGGGACCUACGUCGGUUUCUGCUCCACCAGUAAAUGGUCAUCUACAUAGAGUUCUCACAACCCACGACAUGUUCGUUAAAGACGCAUUUUUGGUCUUUCGCUCGCUCUGCAAGUUGACAAUGAAGCCCCUGAACAGCGAAAGUGAACAUGACCUGAAGUCACCUGCCAUGAGAUCGAAGCUCUUGUCCCUGCACCUGGUCUUGACUGUUUUGAAUUCACAUAUGCAAUUAAUCGUUGAUCCUACGGCAAUCAUUUAUUCAACUUCGUCGCAUGAUGCGAUGACGUUCGUUCAAGCCAUUAACCAGCAUCUGUGUCUCUGUCUAAGCAGAAACGCAGUAAGCCCAGUGCCGCAGGUGUUUGAAGUCAGCGUGGAGAUAUUCUGGCGAGUCCUUUCGGGCAUGCGAACGAAGUUGAAGAAAGAAAUAGAGGUGUUACUUCACGAAAUCUUCAUUCCAAUUAUGGAGAUGCGAACAUCCACACUGAAACAGAAGGCUGUCGUUCUUGCCAUGUUGUCUAAACUCUGCCAAGAUCCGCAAGCAUUAGUUGAAAUGUAUCUCAACUACGACUGCGACAGUGACGCAGUUGACAACAUCUACGAACACUUAAUGACCGUAACUUCGAAAGUUGCGACUCUUCCCUACGCAAUGUCGCAAAGCAAAAGCAACGAUCCAACCAGUCCUGUGGUUACCCCGCAGACUAAAGUCCAGCAUUCAGCCAUCCAUGCCUCCGGUGCUAUAUCUGUACCAGGGAUGGUAGAUACAUCCACAAUCGGACUUUCCGAGGGACAACUAAAGAGACAAGGUCUUGAGUGCCUUGUUAGUGUAUUGAGGUCACUAGUCGCUUGGGGAACGAAUAUGGGUAAGGUAUCGACUGACAGCAGCAUUUUGGAUACAACGCGUGUUCAAACGGGAGAUGAGCACGAAGCUAUGUCUUCAGAUCCUUCCGUAGACCGAGUUGCUGGUGCUUCCGGGAAUCCUGAGACCUUCCGUCAACCCACCCCUGAUACUGCGGAUGAUCCUACAAGGUUUGAGAAUGCCAAGCAAAAGAAAAUGGCUUUGUCAGAGGGCAUUAAAAAGUUCAACUUUAAACCCAAGCGUGGUAUCCAGUACCUAGUUGGAGCAGGGUUCAUCCCGAGCUCCUCCCCAUCUGACAUCGCGCGCUUCCUGUUGACUGCGGACGGCUUGAGCAAGACUAUGAUAGGUGAAUAUCUAGGAGAAGGCGACGAAGUGAACGUGGCUGUCAUGCAUGCAUUUGUCGAUUUGUUGGACUUUCGGAAUUUGGAUUUCCUCGCCGCGCUUCGGUUGUUUUUGCAAGCCUUCCGUCUUCCCGGCGAAGCGCAAAAGAUCGAUCGCUUUAUGUUGAAAUUCGCGGAGAGGUAUAUUGCGGGCAAUUCUCAUACCCCUUUCAAGAAUGCAGGCACGGCUUACGUCCUCGCGUAUUCCACUAUCUUGCUUAACACGGAUGCCCACAAUCCGCAAAUCAAGCACCGCAUGACAAAGAGUGACUUCAUUCGAAAUAACCGAGGCAUCAAUGAUGGAGAGGAUCUGCCGGAGGAACUUCUAUCAGCUAUAUUCGACCAGAUAUUGAACAACGAGAUUAGGAUGAAAGACGAAGUAGAUUCAGUGAACCUUCCGGUAACAGGGGCUGGUAUAGCAAACGCACUUGCUAAUGUCGGAAGGGAUCUCCAGAAAGAGGCAUACAUACUGCAGUCAAGUGGGAUGGCCAAUAAGACAGAGGCACUUUUCAGGACUUUGAUGCGUUCACAACGCAGAUCCCGCGCUGCCGAGCAGUUUGUCAGCGCCUCUCACUUCGUUCACGUGCGGCCUAUGUUCGAGGUCGCUUGGAUAUCCUUCCUUGCAGGAUUAUCAGGACCCCCGCAAAACACUGAUGAUCUGGAAGUUGUGGGUCUUUGUCUCGAUGGUUUCAAAAACGCCAUUCGCCUCGCCUGUUUUUUCGACUUGGAGUUGCAACGCAAUGCUUUUGUGACGACAUUGGCGAAAUUCACCUUCCUAAACAAUUUGGGGGAGAUGAAGGCAAAGAACAUGGAGGCUAUAAAAACACUGCUGGAUGUGGCAGUCAGCGAAGGCAACAACCUCAAAGGGUCUUGGCGAGAUGUACUUUCCUGUGUCAGUCAAUUGGAACAUAUGCAGCUUAUCACUAGUGGCGUCGAAGUUUCUGACAUAAAGAAAGGCCGAACCCGCAAGCUCCCAGCCGAAGAACUUGCUAAUGAGAGUCGAUCAACCCACAUCACAGUUGCUGCUGAUAUGGUCUUUUCCUUCAGCCAGUACCUUUCAGGAACGGCUAUUACCGACUUCGUACGCUCACUCUGUGAUGUGUCUUGGGACGAGAUACAAUCCUCCGGCCUCUCACAGCAUCCACGGUUGUUCAGUCUUCAGAAGCUCGUCGAAAUUUCCUACUACAACAUGAACCGGAUUCGUUUAGAAUGGUCUAAUCUAUGGGAUAUUCUAGGAGAACACUUUAAUCAAGUUUGUUGCCACAGUAAUCCUCAUGUUGGGUUCUUUGCCCUAGAUUCUCUACGACAACUGUCUAUGCGAUUUUUAGAAAAGGAGGAAUUGCCACAUUUUAAAUUCCAGAAAGACUUUUUGAAGCCUUUUGAACACACGAUGAUACACAAUCCCAAUCCUGAUAUGCGUGAUAUGGUCCUGCAGUGCCUUCAGCAAAUGAUACAGGCCCGGGUGCAGAACAUGAGGUCCGGUUGGCGGACAAUGCUUGGCGUAUUCGCCGCUGCCUCUAGGGUGCUCACGGAGCGCAUAGCGAACUCCGCGUUCGAGAUCGUUACCAAAGUUAAUAAAGACCAUUUUACAGCGAUUGUCCGCCACGGUGCCUUUGCUGACCUCACAGUUUGCAUCACGGAAUUCUGCAAAGUCAGCAAGUACCAAAAGCUUAGUUUACUCGCGAUCGCAAUGCUGCGCGGGGUGGUAUCCGUAAUGCUCACGUGUCCCGAGUGUGGGCUUAACGCGGAAAGUCAACCAGCUGGCGAAGACGGCAUGAUACGGUUCUGGUUCCCGGUUUUAUUUGGUUUCUAUGAUAUCAUCAUGAACGGUGAAGAUCUCGAAGUGCGGCGCCUAGCUCUCGAUUCUUUGUUCACGACGCUAAAAACGCAUGGGACAUCCUUUCCGGUAGAAUUCUGGGAUACCAUUUGUCGAGAGUUACUGUUCCCGAUAUUCGCGGUUUUGAAGUCCAGUCGAGAUUUGUCGCGAUUCAGCACGCAGGAAGACAUGAGUGUUUGGCUUUCAACGACGAUGAUUCAAGCGCUACGUGAUCUCAUUGACCUCUAUACUUUCUAUUACGACAUGCUAGAACGCUUCCUCGAUGGCCUAUUGGAUCUUCUGUGUGUUUGCAUAUGCCAAGGUUUGUGGCGCUUUAUUUCAUACUUUGUAACUCCUGACACCCAUGGCGAAGAAAACGACACACUUGCUAGGAUCGGGACCUCGUGCCUACAACAGUUCCUUGAAAAUAACGUGCAAAAACUCGAUGCUACUCGAUGGGAGCGUGUAGUUUCUACCUUCGUCAAGUUGUUUCGAACGACGACUCCGCAUCAGUUGUUUGACGAGAGUUUGCGUGUCGAGAUCGACGGUAGCACUCCGGAAGUCACGGAUGCGAAUGACUCACAGGGGCAAACAAUUUUACCUGCGCCUCUUACCCCUACUACAAGCGAACAAGGCUCGAGCGAGGGAAAAUUCUCGGCCAGCGAUCGUCGCAGAAUCUUCAAGCAAAUUAUCGUCAAAUGUGUACUGCAGCUGCUCCUUAUUGAAAUGACUAACGAUUUGUUACGAAAUGAUGCCGUCUACACCACGAUACCCCCAGACCAGUUACUCAGACUGAUGGGAGUUUUGGAUCAUAGUUAUCAAUUCGCUCGCAUGUUUAAUGACGACAAGGAACUUCGCACUGGUCUCUGGAAACGCAUAGGAUUCAUGAAGCAUCUGCCAAACCUCCUCAAACAAGAGUCUAGCAGUGCUGCCACCUUGGUUCACGUCUUAUUGCAGAUGUACUUUGAUGAGCGGCCCGAGCAUCAAUUGGCACGACCACAAAUCGCAGAGCGUCUCCUCCCACUGUCCUUGAAUGUCUUGUCGGAUUACGCGAAACUACGCGCAGACACACAGGCCAAAAACAUAGCAGCUUGGACACCUGUUGUUACAGAGAUCAUUGAUGGCUUCUGCCGCUUCGAUAGCAAGGCGUUUGCGAAGUACUUGCCUGUUGUUUACCCACUUUGCACGAACCUUCUAGCUCGUGACGUUGCUCCAGAAGUACGGCUAGGCUUGAAAAAGUACUUUGAGCGAGUGGGGUAUACACAAGGUAUUAUGGAGGCUCCAUGA